UUUCUAGAAAUUUCAUCUUCUGUUGUUGUUGCUAUUAUAGAUUGGGUCUUUAGUUACAUUUUCUGAGUUGUUAUUGAUUGUAGGUAUGAAAACUAUUGGUGCCUAUAAUUUUGGUAUUAGCCAGCUCACUAAAUUACCUUUUAUAAUCAUUGUUAGUAAAUUCAUGUUUUCCAGGUAAAAAUGAUAUCUUUGAAUAAUGAAAAAUUAACUUCUUUAUUUCUUGUGAAGAAUCUUUCUUGGGAGAGAGUGAAAGGCAGAAGUUUCAUUUUUUUUUAACAUAAUAAGAUCCUUCAAAUGAGUUCAAAAGUUCAAAGUUUAAAAAGUGUAAAAGAGUAAACAGCAGAAAGAUAACCUUUCUACCCCACUGCCUUGAUUCCCUCCCCACAGGCAACCAAUAUUUUUUGCAGUAUGUUUUAUAUCAUUCUAUAGACAUUUCAUUGACAUGCAGGCAAGUACAGCUGCCAUGAGUGCUUCUGGUAACACAGUUUCAGAAGCCCAGGUAAGGCCAAAUAUGAGAUCUUUGUCUUGUCUCUUCAGGAACUAAAGACGGAAAAAUUGAAAAGUUGUAGGGCCUGAGUCCCAAGAUAGUUCCAAACCUUCUCUGGUAGACUGUCCCAGACCAGGUAGGCUUGGAAGAGUUGGGGUCCCAGCUUCUACUUUUAAGAUAUUUAUUUUUCACCAACAAAUUCUACUUCCUUAUCUCUUUCACACAGUUAAAUUCCAGACACACAUGUUCUCUCUAUUAUCAAAACAGCCCAUGAACAUCUAGCAACUUGCAGCCCCUGACAUGUUUAGGGCCUGAGAUUUGGAGUUGGAUAUGGGCCUCCUGUUUGUGGCAUCCUCUCUUCCAGAGUCUUCCAGUGCAGUCCAGAUGACAUCUCUGAGAGCCUCUUGAAGCCACUGAAGCAAUAGGCUUCAAGGUUUCCUCUAGGCUUCUCCAGUUGGCAGGUCUUCCCCAUUCCACCCCCCUCCUCCAGGGCUGCCAGACAUAUCCCUGCCUGGGUCUCCUGGCACAAAAGAUAAAAUGAACAGGGUUACUCCCAGCAACUGGUCCAGGAGAUACCAGCAGAGAGGGAGUAGGAGAGAAUAAACCUGUCAGUGUGUCACAGGAGUAGUGGAAGGAAGUUUUGUUAUUUCCAGCCUCUUAAGCCAGCAAAAGUGCAUUCAUCAUUUUCUGACUGGAAGAGAGAAGGCACAGAAGGAGCCCAGAAGCAACAGUUCAAGACACGUGAUUCCUACGGCCAAGUGGAUAAGAGGAGCAGCCUGCAGCCAUGGGACAGGCCCUGGGUAUCAAAAGCUGCGACUUUCAGGUAGCAAGAAACAAUGAGGAGCACCACACCAAGGCCCUCAGCUCCCGGCGCCUCUUUGUGAGGAGGGGGCAGCCUUUCACCAUCAUCCUGCACUUCCGUGCUCCAGUCCACGCAUUUCUGCCUGCUCUGAAGAAGGUGGCCCUCACUGCACAAACUGGAGAGCAGCCUUCCAAGGUCAACAAGACCCAAGCCACAUUCCUGAUUUCUAGUCUGGGGGACAAAAAGUUGUGGAGUGCAGUGGUGGAGGAGAGAGAUGCCCAGUCCUGGACCAUCUCUGUGACCACACCUGCGGACGCUGUCAUUGGCCACUACUCGCUUCUGCUGCAGUUCUCAGGCAGGAAGCCAUGCCUCCUGGGCCAGUUCACGUUGCUCUUUAACCCCUGGAAUAGAGAUGAUGCUGUGUUCCUGAACAAUGAGGCUCAGCGCAGGGAGUACUUGUUGAACCAGAAUGGUCUCAUCUACCUGGGCACAGCUGACUGCAUCCAGGCAGAGUCCUGGGACUUUGGCCAGUUUGAGGGGGAUGUCAUUGACCUCAGUCUGCGCUUGCUGAAUGAGGACAAGCAUAUAGAGAAGUGGAGCCAGCCGGUGCACGUGGCCCGUGUGUUGGGUGCCUUGCUGCAUGCUCUCAAGGAGAAGAGGGUCCUGCCCACCCCGCAGACCCAAGCCACCGAGGAAGGUGCCUUGCUGAAUAAGCGACGGGGCAGUGUGCCCAUCCUGCGGCAGUGGCUCACCGGCCGAGGCCGACCUGUGUAUGAUGGCCAGGCCUGGGUGUUGGCCGCUGUUGCUUGCACAGUGCUGCGAUGCCUGGGAAUCCCUGCCCGCGUGGUGACCACCUUUGCCUCAGCGCAGGGCACCGGUGGGCGUUUGCUCGUAGAUGAAUACUAUAAUGAGGAGGGACUUCAGAACGGAGAAGGCCAGAGAGGCAGAAUCUGGAUCUUCCAGACUUCCACAGAGUGCUGGAUGACACGGCCUGCCUUACCCCAGGGUUAUGAUGGAUGGCAGAUUCUGCACCCAUGUGCUCCUAAUGGAGUCCUGGGGUCCUGUGAUCUGGUGCCAGUCAGAGCAGUCAAGGAAGGGAUGCUGGGGCUGACCCCUGCAGUGUCAGACCUCUUUGCUGCCAUAAAUGCCUCAUGUGUGGUCUGGAAGUGCCGUGAGGAUGGGAAACUGGAGUUGACUGACUCCAACACAAAGUAUGUUGGCAACAACAUCAGCACCAAGGGUGUGGGCAGUGACCGCUGUGAGGACAUCACUCAGAACUACAAGUAUCCUGAAGGGUCUCUUCAGGAAAAAGAGGUGCUGGAGCGAGUCAAGAAAGAGAGAAUGAAAUUUGGGAAAGACAAUGGCAUCUGUCCUCCCAGUUUCGAGACUGCCAAUCCUCUGUACCUGUUCUUGAAAGCACCCAGCUCCCUACCCUUGAGAGGGGAUGGCCAGAUCUCAGUGACGCUGAUUAACCACAGUGAGCAGAAGGCAGUGCAGCUGGCAAUUGGGGUCCAGGCUGUGCACUACAACGGUGUCCUUGCUGCCGAGCUCUGGAGGAAGAAGCUGUCCUUCACACUCAGUGACAACCUGGAAAAGACAAUAACCAUUGGCCUGUUAUUCUCCUAUUUUGAGCAAAAUGUACCUGAGAACACCUUCCUUAGACUCACCGCCAUGGCAACAUACUCUGAGUCCAGCCUCAGCUGCUUUGCUCAGGAAGACAUUGCCAUUUGUAAACCACACCUUGCCAUCAAGAUGCCAGAGAAAGCAGAGCAAUAUCAACCCCUCACAGCCUCAGUCAGCAUCCAGAAUUCCCUAGAUGCCCCCAUGGAGGACUGUGUGAUCUCCAUCCUGGGAAGGGGGCUCAUUCACAGGGAGAGGAGCUACAGAUUCGGUUCAGUGUGGCCCGAAAACACCAUGUGUACCCAGUUCCAGUUCACGCCGACACACUUGGGGCUCCAGAGGCUCACUGUGGAAGUGGACUGCAACAUGUUCCAGAACCUAACCAACUAUCAAAGUGUCACUGUGGUAGCCCCUGAACUGUCAGCUUAAACUUCAGCUCUAGCACCACUCUCCUGCCAGCCCUUGAUUCUACAAUCUAAAUCAAACAUGUGCUAGGAAGAGAAACUUUGCAUCUCAGUGUUUGUGUUGCUAUAAAGGAAUACCUGAGGCUGGGUAGUUUAAAAGAAAAGAGGUUUAUUUGGCUCACAGUUCUGCUGUACAAGAAACAGUGAAGGCUUCAGGCUGCUUCCACUCAUGCAGGAAAGUGAAGGAGUCGACAGAAGCAGAGAUCACAGGGCAAGAAUGGGUGGGGAGGGGGUAGGUGCCAGGUGCCAGCCUCAUUUUAACAGCCAGCUAGGGAGUGAGGGAGGGAUGUAUAGAGUGAGAACUCACUCAUUACCCCAAGGACAGAACCAAGCCAUUCAUGAGGGACCCAAACACCUCCUAUUAGGCCCUACCUCCAACACUGGGGAUCAGAUAGCCAAACUACCUCACUUUGUAGCCAAACUACAUUUCAACAUGAGGUUUGGAGGAUCAGACAGCCAAACUACAUCACUGUGUUUAUCAGACAAAUGAGUAGUCAUUCAAGUUGGGCAGAAGAGUGACCAAGAACAAAACUAGAUGCCCAGAAAUCAAUAAUUAAGACGUUUAUUUCUGUCACCCUAGCAAAGGCAGCCAUGAAGACCAGUUGUCUUACAAUAGACACUAGUGGGUGAAGUGACAAAAAGAAGCCUUUGAAAAGGUGCUCAGAUACCUUUUCAAAGUACAUUCAGAUUUUCAGGUUCAGGUUUUUUGCAACCAUUUUACUGCUCAUUAAUACACUCAAUAACUUGCAGGUAAGGGAAAGAACCUAACACUUAAAUCAUUCUUAUAUUUCUCAUGAAGUGGGAUGAUCUUAUCCUAAAAUGGAAUUUUUAGGUAAUCUUAGAAUUACAUUGGUCAAGCUUGGUGCAAUGGCUCACACCUGUAAUCCCAGAACUUUGCGAGGCUGAUGUGGGCGGAUCACCUGAGGUCAGGAGUUUGAGACCAGCCUGGCCAACAUGGUGAAACCCCAUCUCUACUAAAAGUACAAAUAUUAGCUGGGUGUGAUGUGCUCAUUUGUACUCCCAGCUACUUGGGAAGCUGAAGCCAGAGAAUCACUUGAGAACCCGGGAGGCAGAGGUUGCAGUGAGCCAAGAUUGUGCCAUUGUACUACAGCUUGGGGGACAGAGCAAGACACCAUCUCAAAAAAAUACAUAUAUAUACAUUGAUCAGUGCUUUCUCUGAUUGUUAUCCUUAAAGAUCCAAACAUGACUGAACAAAGUUAUAUAGGGCCUGAGAGAAUUAUUCAGCUAUAGAUAAAUCUUUAUAUUAGAGUUCUAUGUUAUUAAGUAUCCCACAAUUAAAGUCUGAUGUUAAUAACAUGAAUUUGGUCCAGUAGAAAAAUAUUUUUUAAAAAAGUAUAUAAAAAAUAGGCUCUAUAAGAAGAAAGAACUAGACUCCUUUUGUACAAAGUUAUUUUGUUUGUUAUUUUGUUGCCUUGGCACUCUAUCAGUUUAGUUUUAGUUCCUUCCCUUUAUGACACUUGUUAACAGUACAAAAUGGCACUUUCAAACAGUAAAUUAAAACACAUUUGGCUUAAGGAAUUUCAACCCCCAGUAUACACUAGUCACUCAAAGAAUGACUGUUGUUGCUGAUUAUACCUAGAGAGAGUAGAAAGGCAUAUGUGAAGAAUUACACCUACAGAAGGAAAAGGACAGGCAUUAGAGGUGGUGGGGGCCUGCAGCACAUGCAGAAGGCCCAAUUCAGCUCACCAGAAUAUACAUCACUACAGGUUUACGCUGCUUUCCAGUAUGAAGUCUUCUAGACUGAUGCAAAAGUAUAAUUAAGUGGUGAUGGUUUUGCAAAAGGAUGAACUGAAAAGGCCCUUAAAAUUACAUAAAAUCUCUUAUACACUAAAAAAAUGUUGAUUUGUAAAAAUUUGGUAUUUACAUUUGGGGACACAUGUAACAGAGGACAAUACAAGUACGUAUAAGGAAAUAAAUCUGUUCAACAAGGUGGGCAAACCUAACAUCAGCUCAAUGCCAAUAUAUUUUAGAGACAUGGAGUAACCUGAGAUAAUAUUCAGAAGGACUUGUUGAUAAUAAUAUAUAACAUGGUGAAAUACUAAGAUGAAUUUUGGAGUAACCUUUUCUAAAUAAAGGGUUUUGUUCUAAAUACACUUCUGAUCAGAAUCAGAUUUUUAAACCUACAAACCCAAAUGAAAGCAAUGUUUUAGUCUCAAUCCACUGUAUUUCUGGUAAAAAGAAACUUUGGAAGGGCACUCAGUCACUGGCAGGUUAGCAUUUUAUUGAGACCAUCAACAUCUUUACAAUGAAAACAAUUUACAGCAAAAAGCAAAUAAGGCAGCUUUCCUAGGAAUCUCUGAGAAAUGACUCAGGAAUGAGAAAUCAUGCAA